AUGGACAAGGUGGAGCAAUUGAACCUGAAUCUACAGAAUAUUCUUGAUGACGUCGACAUAGAUUCAGCUGAGAGCUCAUUAGAUGAUGAAGAAGUGACGAAACAAGAAGAAUCUAUUGAAAACAGAAAUACAGAAGAGCCAGAUUAUAGUGAAUCCGAUUACGAAGACGACGAAGACAUUGUUGAUUUCGCGGAGGCUACAGGGGAUUUCACAAAAAAGCUCAACGCAGCUCGUUCAAAUGCCAUUGGCCCGAAUGCAGCUCGUAAUAGACUCACAGUUGAUGUGGAAAGACAUGCGGAUACAAGUGAAGAUAGGAAACGCAAGCGAGUGAAGGAUCGAGCAGAUCGUGCAACUGUAGAACAAGUUCUGGAUCCGAGAACUCGUUUGGUUCUUUUCCGUUUACUUCAACGGGGAACUCUGCUCAACAUUGAUGGUUGUAUUUCAACUGGAAAAGAAGCUAAUGUAUAUCAUGCAACCGGAACAGAAAACGAUUUGGCAGUGAAGAUUUACAAAACCAGCAUUCUUACAUUUAAAGAUCGGGAGAGAUAUGUUACGGGAGAGUUCAGGUAUCGAUAUGAUGCCUCUGUUUCUGCAAAACGCUCAGUUUUCAGAUAUCGACAUGGAUAUUGUAAAUCGAACCCUAGAAAAAUGGUUGCGGUAUGGGCAGAAAAGGAGAUGAGGAACUUAGCAAGAAUGCAUGAAGUUGGGCUUCCAGUUCCGAAACCACACAUGCUGAAGGGUCAUGUCCUCGUAAUGGACUUCCUGGGAAAAGACGGAUGGCCUGCGCCUCUUCUCAAGAACGCAAAUUUGAGUACAGAGGAAGCAGAGCCGAUGUAUGUUGGAUUAGUUCGAGAUAUGAGACGCCUAUAUAGAGAAUGCAAAUUGGUUCAUGCUGAUUUGAGUGAGUUCAACAUGCUGGUACAUGAUGGAAAACUGUGGAUCAUCGACGUUUCUCAAUCUGUGGAACAGGAUCAUCCUCAUGCGCUCGAGUUCUUGAGAAUGGAUUGCAAUAAUCUUUUCAGAGAACUUGGCGUCAAAGUUCUAUCCGUUCGUCGUUUAUUCGAAGUUAUUGUGGAUCCAUUGAUGAACGUCAAGGAAAUGGAAACAAUUAUUGACGAAGAACGCGUUGUUGUCAAUUCUGAAGACGAUGCUCUUUUCAUGAACGCUUUCAUUCCUCAUAAACUAGAACACGUUCUACAUUUCGAAAGAGAUGGAAAACUCGCAAAAGAUGGAGUUGAGGCGAAUAACCCAUUUCAAAAUAUCGUCUCAAAGAUUGAUCUGAAAGGCGAAGGAUUCGGCGACGAAGAAUGCUGCAGUGACGACGACGAAGAGAACGGAAAGAAGUCCAGAAAGAAACGAGCCGAACCAACGGCUGAAGAGAUAGAAGAAAAGGAACGCAAAAUUGCGAUGCACACUCGAAAUCGCGAUGAAACGGCCGAAGAGCGAAAAUUGAGAAAAGCUGCUGUGAAGGAAGAAAAGCGGGAUCAACGCAAGGAAAAAAUUCCAAAACAUGUGAAGAAGCGUGCGCAUCGACAGCAUAUGAAGUGA